AAAUGGAUUUUGUGCUACUGAACUUUAACCCUAUGAUAGCGUUUGGCAACGCCGUAUCCAGUCUUAACAUAGGAGGUUACACCAUCGGCGAAUGCAAAAGUAACAACAUCAAUUUUGGACGUCGACAUCAUAGCGGAACUGCUGUCAAUGGCAGAGAGUUAGGCUGGCUAGACGAUGGUGUCUUGUCAACGAAGGAUAGCAUGUUUCCUAUAGAAAGUACAAUAUCACAGAUUAUACGGCAUGACGUCACAGCUAUGUUGUUGCAUUUACCCGAUAAUAGCAGCGCAGAAAGCAUUGGCGCGUUUUACUCUUGGUCUACAACUGGACUGCUAAAUUCAAAUAUUACAACCUUUACCAUUUCAAAAGAAGCAAACGUUCGUUCGAAGAGGACAACGACAAUCGCAGGCGUUGGUGAACGAGUAGAACUUUUGAUGGAAAUUGAAGAUAAUAUGAACAUCGACAAACUUCGUUGGCGUCAUAAUAGUGGAGAAAUAUUGAGUGACUGGAAUGGCAAGACUAAACUAAUUAUUGACAGUGCUCGCACUCAAGACGGGGGAAUUUAUGAGUGUUAUUUUGAUGGUGAAAAAGAGUUAGGACUCCAGGGUUUCACUCAACUCAUUGUAAGAGGUUGUCCGUUACCUAAAUGGGGAGUCAAGUGUGACAACGACUGCCCAGUUUGCUACAAUGGAGGAGUAUGCCAUCCAGCUACAGGGGCAUGUGUUUGUCCUUCUGGGUACAUGGGAGACAAUUGCGAUGAACCGUGUGGGGAUAAUAGCUGGGGACGAUCCUGUUCUGUAGCGUGUAGCAGUUCAUAUAGAGGGUGUGAUGGAAUUUUGUUUUGUUUACCAGAACCGAUGGGUUGUUCGUGUAUGGCUGGAUACAAAGGAUAUAACUGUGAACAAUUAUGUCCAUACGGGACAUUUGGUGCAGACUGUAGAAGCACGUGCCAUUGCAAAUUCAGUGCGUGCAGCAGGUCGAUGGGAUGUGUGAAUGUUACGUGUGAAGAGGGUUUCACGGGACCGCAAUGCCAAGAAUACGAGGAUUCGACACCGUGUCCCGAUGGUUUCUAUGGUACAUUAUGUCAAUAUAGAUGCCACUGUACUGGCACGGUAGGAUGCUACAAGAAUGGAACAUGCCCUAUUGCAUGCCAGGAAGGCUGGGGAGGCGAUGAUUGUCAAUUCGCAAUCCCUGCUCUUCGUAAUCCUCCUCGCAUUUUAAAGUCUAAUUUCCACAGUCUUCAUCUUGAGUGGGAUGAAUGGAGGUUCCAUUACGACUAUGGUCUAGGUGACGUUACAGGGUAUCGUUUGUUUUAUCGAUAUAUAACGCCUUCUCUUGGCGCACAGCGAACUGGCGAAUAUACCAUGGGAACGAAACUAAUUUUGAAUCAGAUAAAUCCUUGCAGAAGAUAUGAAAUGUACAUUCGAGUGUAUACUAACAUUUCUGGUGAGAUUGUAGGAGGAAGACCAAGUCCAGGUGUAUAUCAUGACAUGGCCUGCAAUUACGAGAGUGUUGAAGUAACAUUAAUGGCACAACCUGCAGUUGUUGAUUCUGACAAUAAAACGGAUGAUGUAGACAUUGCUGUUUAUCCGGGUGCCCUCUCCACGAGCAUACAGCUGGGACGUACUUGUGAUACUGGUACUGGGAAUACUGGACGGCCAGUGUCGUGGUUUGAUGGAAGUAGUUUCCCAGGGUCACACGUUCUACCAACCAUGGCUUUUCCGAAAAAUACACUGAUCGAAACCAUAGUUGAAUACGAUUUCCAUGCUCUCAUCGCUAAGAUUCCGGGAGAUUCGUAUAGGCCUAUGGCCAAAGGUGGCGCAUUUUCGGCUGAAAGUCUAGGGACAUGGGCAUUGCCGAGCAAGUCUACAGUAAUCGUUUUAGACAAAGAUGCAAACCCAAUGCCUAUUGAAAGAUCAAUUGUAGCAGGGACUGGUGACAGGGCUGUCCUAUCUGUCAUCGUUGAGGGCAACACGACUGAAUUGAGGUGGCGAUUCAACGGUGGUACAGUAAUGAAGCAAUGGAACAACAAGAGGACGGUGAUCAUAGAACAUGCCACAACUAAAGACAUCGGGAUUUAUGAAUGCUACAUUUACGGGAAACGAAAUUCUGGAACCCAUGCGAUAAUUCAGCUUAACGUUAAAGAAUGUCCAUUGAGUAAACACGGACCUGCUUGUGAUCUAGACUGUCCAGUUUGUUACAACGGGGGUGUAUGUGACGCUGUAACUUCCUUAUGUAUUUGUCCAAGUGGUUUUACCGGAUCUGACUGUUCAGAGGUAUGUAAAGCUGGUUACUGGGGGCGAGAUUGUUCAUUCAACUGCAAUAACGAAGAGAGCGGGUGCCUAGGCAACUUAUUUUGUCCAGCAACCCCUCUUGGAUGUUCCUGUUUACCUGGGUUUCAUGGACUUGGCUGUAAUAAAGUUUGUAGUAAAGGCUUUCAUGGUGCAGACUGUAAACAAGUUUGUAACUGCCCAUCAUCCAGUUGUGAUCCUGUUUCAGGAUGCUCCACUGGCUCUUGCCUUACAGGAUACGGUGGACCUCAAUGCCAAGAACACACGAAGGUAUCAUGCUCAAAUGGUACGUUUGGACCUCUUUGUAAUCGUCACUGUCAUUGUAAGUACGAAGAAUCAUGCCUUAGUAACGGUACCUGCACAGAUGAUGUUUGUGGUGACGAAUGGGCUGGACAGGACUGCCAAAUAGCCCUACCGCACCUUAUGCAUGGCCCAAUGUUGUCGGUAUCGAAAAAUCGCAGAGAGAUCUCUGUAAGCUGGUUUGAUUGGAUAUUUGGUCGAGACUUUGGGACUGGUCCUGUUAUAUCAUAUGAGAUAUUCUACAAGGAUUCUACCAAUGGUGACUACACAUUGGCUGGCACCACAACAGCCACUGACUUUCUUUUGGCCAAACUCAAACCAGGAAAGCAAUACAGUGUAGUUUUAAGGUGCUUGAAGAAGGUUGACGGACUUGUAGUGUCUGGCCCAGCGAGUCCGGUGAGCGCCGUGUCAACUUGCAAAUUGUCAGAUUUGUAGAGACAAUGAUGUUUGUCAGCCGCCUAUCAGCAGUUUAAAAGAUAAUUACUAGUUAUUAGUUCCAGUAUUAUAGUAUAGUAAUUACAAAUAACUCUCAAUUUAGUAACCUAAAAUGUUUUAACCGUAUCAUAAAUAGGUGGCAUAGGGCAGCUGACUCAAAACGAGUUAUAGUAAAACUUUGCAUUGUACCUAUUGUAAAUGUGUAUUGAUCGAAUAAAUACAGGCAAAAUUACAAAUGUAUUCUUCUUAUAGGCCUUCUUAUAUAUACUGUACAAGUUUUAAAUUAGUCUCAAUUGGCCCUUUCCCACAUUCACGAUUUUUGCUACGAUGGGAACGAUUUCAAAAUGUUUUAAAAUCGCGCUCUAUCGUAGUGAUUCGUACUCAAAAAGU